AUGCGCUGUUAUUCUGUUUUAUCGGUGUUUUUUGUGAGUGCUUUUGUAAUUAAAAUCGCUGUAGCUAAUCGACCAUUCAAUUGUCGAGGAUAUUCGGAAAUUGAUGAUAGAAGAUAUAUGAAAAUAUAUGCAGAGGAUGGAAUUCAGCCAGGUGAACAAAUUCGACUCCUUGUUCGUCGUUUUCCAGAUGUUAAUGCUGAAGCCUUUGAUAUAAUUCAAAUAGGAUAUUUGGAAAAAGGCAGAACUUUGAACUUAUCACAUGGUGGCGGCAAUUUUUUGCCCAAAUAUCCGUUUUGGUUUGAUCGUGAGAAAUACUUGAUGUCUAUAAGAAUCAUUCACUGGAUAUACGAAAAAAGGAUCGUAGUGACUAGAAAGCUUUAUAAUUCGAUUGAUUUCACAGCAAUUGGUACAUUUCAAGAACCAGAACAAUUUUUUUAUACAUAUGAAGGAUACUACACAGAGAUAGUUUAUGUUAUUGGUUAUUCUGAUCGAAUUGUUGAUCAUUCUCAUUACUUCUAUGUUCAAGGCAAAAAAACAUUUAAGUAUGACCAUUUCAACAUUCCACGCGAUGUAUUCAAUAGCUCAAGUCCAACUACUUUUAAAAAUGCAGUUAGUAUACAAAAUACUAUCGAAGCAUAUCGAAAUUAUGUGGGCACAGCAACUGGUUAUCAUGGUGACACGGACAAACUAAUCUUGCAAUCAAUGGGCUUACCAAUGCCAUAUCAUGCAACAUUUAACUUUGGUGGCUUUUAUAUAAGUCAACGGGCACAUUUUGCUGGUUUCUUCACGAAUACAGUCAUUGCUGAAAUUAAAACUGCUUUUAGCACAUAUGUAUUUUAUUUGCAUAAAAAUAGUGUGGUAUUCAACAAUAUCACGAUAAAGCUGGAAACAAAUCUUUAUACAGAUGAAGUGUUUGAUCAAAUUGGCAGUAUAUCAUUUGUAAAUGCAGGAGAAGCACUGGCGAUUGUAUAUAAUAUUCCACAUCGAUUUGAUUUUAUGCUUAUGCAUGAAUCGGUCUUCUCGAAACAGAUAGCACAAUUCAACAUAAAAUGGGAUGGACCAAUAACGGAAAUUAUUCUUUCCGAUAUAUUACAAGCAAAAAAACCUGAUUCAGGGCAUGAUCUUGUUUUUGAUAGCAUAACAUUACUUCAACAUGUUGAUAUUGAUAAUGAAUUGAUCGAAUAA